GGAUUUCUCCAUUUACAGUCAGCUCUUCAAGAAGCUUUACAUUUCGAUAAUCUGUGAUGCAUGUAGCUCCAGAGUGUGUGCAACAGACCUUCUCAAGAUGUAUCGAAUAUCCCAACUAAUGUCAACACCAGCAGCAAGUAAAUGUUUUUCAGUGUUUGAUAAAGAGCCCAGGCAAAGUCUGUCCCCUGAACAUAUUUUGCCGAGUUACACUUAUGCCUUUCUGGAUAGUGACACCUCCUAUGAAUGUUGUUCCAUAAAUCCUUUGACAGGGUCUCUUUUCACAUGUCGCCGUAGUCCUCGGCUUCUUACUAAUGGCUAUUACAUUUUGACGGAAGACAGUUUUGUGUCUGAUGAAGAUGGUAAUGUAACACUGACCCCAUCACAGACAAGUGUUAUCUAUAAGGAGAAAUUAGUUAGAAUAUUCAGGAGACGGAAGAAAAUCCGUCGCUCUCUUGCUAGUCUGUUCAGUCUCAGUGCCUCGGAUUCAUGGCUGAACAGCAACGUCCUUAGCAAUAUGGAUUCUCCUCGUGUAGAGGAGAUUUGGAAUGAUGGAGAUAAUAAACUAGAUGCCAAUCCACACUAUGGCAAUGAUGACCCUGAAUUUUCUUCUGAAUGCAAAACCUGGAUGUCACAACAAACACUAGCAGCUAAUGAUUCCUCUUUUUCUAAAGAUGUGUUCAUUCAGUCAAGAAAACAGUUCAGUGAUUCCUCUCCUUGCUCCCAGUUUAUGGUAGAUGGGUAUUUCCAUGAAGAGACUUUGGAUCAUUCAAAAUCCAAUGCAGUGAGAAAUGUCAUUUAUCAAAUGAUUAUGCUGUCCAUGUGUUUAAUCAUUUCAGUGUGUGCAAGAUGCUUUCUGGGAGGAUGCUUUGCCACUUUGUUGGCCUUUUUGCUGCUGAUAAUUUUAGUUUAUGCUGCCAAGUCAUCUUUUAUCAAUCUUGUCACAUCUUCCAAAACCACCAGAUUACGGGGUAGGCUUUCAAGAGUGCAGUGUAACCUGAGGGAACAGGAGAAGACAGGCAGAAGUUUUGUCUUUUGGAAUCACAGAUCAGUAUGUUGGAAGCAGAGCAGUGGAAAUGGAAUAUAAAGAUUGGAGAUCAGUGUUGAAAUAGUAGAUGCUGAUAUUGUGGGAGGCCAAGAUUUUCUUAAGAAUGGUAAUUUGUGCACACUUUAUACAGGUAGGGACAGAUUAUGUCACUUUUCCUCACAAUGAGUAAGUAGAAAAUUCCAAUAAAUCUACUGGCACUAUUCACAGAGCAAGUUACUAGUCAACAUGAGUAAGGUUGACAGUAUCUGGCCCUUAGGGUUCUCCUGAUUCUCCUCUCAGUUUGACGCUGAUGUAACUCCACUGAAGUCAGGCUCUCCCCAGAGAUUUCAGGCUUUCAGACCUGCCUACAACCCUGUCUGUUUUAUUGGCUGUCCUUCCCCAUUCCCCAUCUCCUAAGGAAAAGAAGAUAUUUGGGGCACCCACAUGCUAAUGGGCUUCCUCCUUCCUCUGCACAAGGAGCAGGCAAAGCCUCCUCCUCUUCCUCUUUUAAAGGGCCAGAAGCGCUUUUGAAGGCCUCUUUAGCACCCAGCACUGUGCCCCUCCCUAGGAUGAGAUGGGGAUGGAGAAGGGAACUAAAGAGACUCCCUCCAGGCUUCCUCUCUCCUGGGAGUGAGAGACUGGCUGUUCCAGCCCCUCCUGGACUUCAUCCUGCACCACAAGAAGAAUGAGGAAGCAGAGCAGCUGAAGGAAGAAGGGAAACCCAGCCCUAAGGAGAGGAAUGGGGCUGGGAGUAGCAGCAGAAUCUGAAGGAGG